AUGGAUUUAAGCAAUUCUACUGCAACAGCCACAGUUAAGACACCGGAAGCUGAGAAUGAGACGCCCAACCGGAUCCAGACCACAAAUUCAAAGCCUUUGUCUUUAUCCAACGGCGUGUUGAAGAGACACCCGCCGCUGCAACUUUAUCAAGGGAAUUUCAACAACCACCAUCCGGUGGUGGUGAACUACAAAGAAUGUUUGAAGAACCACGCCGCGAGCUUGGGUGGCCAUGCGGUGGAUGGUUGUGGAGAGUUCAUGCCGGCUCCUACUGCGAAUCCGUCUGAGCCUACUUCGUUGAAAUGCGCCGCGUGUGGAUGUCAUCGAAAUUUCCACCGCCGUGAGCCGGAAGAUCCACCUAACGCCACACCUGCUCUUGAAUACCAGCCGCACCACCGUCACCAUCCUCCGCCGCCGGUGGGGAAUCGUGGGAACUGCAGCAGCCCAAAUUCACCUUCCCCACCGCCGAUCUCAUCAUCUUACUACCCGUCAGCACCCCACAUGCUGCUGGCCCUCAGCCAUGGCCUUACUGGUCCACCGCCUGACAACAACACACCAAUUGCCACCACUCCCAACUCCACAUCAGCACCUCUGUCGUCAAAUCCUAAUGGCAGAAAGCGUUUCAGAACAAGAUUCACACAAGAUCAAAAGGAAAAAAUGCUCCAGUUCGCCGAGCGAGUUGGGUGGAAAAUGCAAAAAAGAGAUGAAGAAGGGAUCACAGAAUUCUGCACUGAAAUUGGAGUCGAUAAAGGGGUAUUCAAAGUGUGGAUGCAUAAUAACAAGACCACUUUUGGCAAAAGAGACCAGCAAAUAUCUAACAGUGCCAUCUCCCCCACCUCUCCAGCCACCAACAACGGCAACGGCAACGGCAAUGGCAAUGGCAAUGGCAAUGGCAAUAGCAACGGCAACGGUAUUAGCUAUGGUACUAUAAGCAGUAGAAAUAACACGUUCGACACAGCCACCGCCACCACUUCCGUCCAAUAUCACCACCAGCGCCAGGACAGCAACAAUGACAACAAAAUUAACGUCCAUGGUCAAGAUUUGAGUCAGCACCACCUUCAUGAUAACAGUGGCAACGGUCCUCAUGUUAUUGGGUGGGGAGUGGGGUGA